UUACCGCGAUGACUUUAUUCAACAAAUCACAAAGACAUUGGAACAAUAUAUCUAAUUUUUGGAAUUUGAGCCGCAAUAGUAGGGACAGCUCUCAGAAUCUUAAUUCGAGCCGAACUUGGCCAACCUGGCUCAUUAAUUGGAGAUGAUCAAAUUUACAACGUAAUUGUUACAGCCCACGCAUUCGUAAUAAUUUUUUUUAUAGUUAUACCUGUAAUAAUCGGAGGAUUUGGAAACUGACUUAUUCCUCUAAUAUUAGGGGCCCCUGAUAUAGCUUUUCCCCGACUCAAUAACAUAAGCUUUUGACUUCUCCCCCCAUCUUUUCUUCUAUUACUCAGAUCAGCUGCAGUAGAAAGAGGAGCAGGAACAGGUUGAACCGUAUACCCUCCUCUAGCAUCAGGUAUAGCUCACGCAGGAGCCUCAGUAGACUUGACAAUCUUUUCUCUCCACUUAGCAGGAGUAUCAUCAAUUUUAGGUGCAAUUAAUUUCAUUACCACAAUUAUUAAUAUACGAACAUCCGGAAUAGUACUUGAACGAAUACCAUUAUUCGUUUGAUCAGUUAAAAUUACUGCAAUCCUUCUUCUUCUAUCUCUCCCUGUUCUUGCUGGAGCUAUUACAAUACUCCUAACAGAUCGAAACUUCAAUACAUCAUUUUUUGACCCUGCAGGAGGGGGUGACCCAGUCCUAUACCAACAUUUAUUUUGAUUUUUUGGGCACCCUGAAGUCUACAUUUUAAUUCUUCCUGGGUUUGGAAUAAUCUCUCAUAUUAUUAGCCACCAAACAGGAAAAAAGGAACCUUUCGGGACUCUUGGAAUAAUUUAUGCCAUAUUAGCUAUUGGCAUUCUUGGUUUUAUAGUAUGAGCUCACCAUAUAUUUACAGUGGGAAUAGACGUAGACACACGAGCAUACUUCACAGCAGCUACAAUAAUCAUUGCUGUUCCCACAGGAAUUAAAAUCUUUAGAUGACUAGCUACCCUACAUGGAUCACAACUCUCAUACGACCCACCUCUUCUAUGAGCCCUAGGGUUUGUUUUCUUAUUUACAAUCGGAGGAUUAACUGGAGUAAUCCUAGCUAACUCCUCCAUUGAUAUUAUCCUCCAUGACACAUACUACGUCGUAGCCCACUUUCACUAUGUCCUCUCAAUAGGAGCAGUAUUUGCAAUCUUAGCAGGGGUCACUCAUUGAUUUCCAUUAUUCUUUGGAAUAGCAAUAAACCCAAAAUGACUAAAAAUUCACUUUUUAGUUAUAUUUAUUGGAGUAAACGUCACUUUCUUCCCUCAACAUUUCCUAGGUUUAAGCGGAAUACCCCGACGAUAUUCAGACUACCCAGAUGCUUUCACUACCUGAAAUGUUUUAUCAUCCUUAGGCUCUCUCCUCUCUUUUAUUGCCGUCAUAGGAUUCAUCUUCAUUAUAUGAGAAUCCAUCAUUAGAAAACGCCCUAUUAUUUUUUCUAACCAUCUUCCCUCCUCAGUAGAAUGACAACACAAUAUUCCACCAGCAGACCAUACAUAUAAUCAAUUAACAAUAUUAAUCAAAUAA